CGAAGCGCUGAGGCAGGCUGCUGUUAGGAGCAGCGGCAGCGGCAGUAGAUGCUGUCCUGUCCCAUCACCAGUUCACACCUAACGCGGCAGCAGCGCACCGCUCCUCAGGAACCAGCACCAUGGCACCCAGGUUCAAACCCGCAAUCUGAGCCGCACCGAGCACGAAACUGGCGCAGUGAGCAGCUGGGCGUGGAGACACUCAAUUGCAACUGCAAACGCACGCAAGCGCGAACGCAGGGUGCUGGCGGGGGGGGGGGACGAACAUUGCAGCUCCAAGCAGAACGCCGACGGAGGUGAACUCCACCACGCAACGGAACUGCGCUAUUCACUCCCAGAAAAGCGUCCCACUCGGACAUCCGUGAGAGGAAAAGUCAACUCACGCCAUAAACAUGUCAUCGUCGGGCAAGGACGCCAACAGCGGGCAUUACGCCAACUAUGUGGGACCGUACCGUUUGGAGAAGACACUGGGCAAAGGACAGACAGGUCUGGUGAAACUUGGCAUCCACUGUGUCACAUGUCAGAAAGUCGCCAUAAAGAUUGUCAACAGAGAAAAGCUCAGUGAGUCUGUUCUUAUGAAGGUGGAGCGGGAGAUAGCCAUCCUCAAACUCAUAGAACACCCCCACGUUUUAAAGCUGCACGAUGUCUAUGAAAAUAAGAAAUACCUAUAUCUUGUGUUAGAGCACGUGUCCGGAGGGGAGCUUUUUGACUACCUGGUGAAGAAGGGGCGGUUAACGCCGAAAGAGGCCAGAAAGUUCUUCAGACAAAUUAUCUCAGCGCUGGACUUCUGCCACAGCCACUCUAUAUGCCACAGAGAUUUGAAGCCAGAGAACUUGUUGUUAGAUGAGAAGAACAACAUCAGGAUAGCUGACUUUGGCAUGGCGUCUCUGCAGGUCGGGGACAAUCUGCUGGAGACCAGCUGUGGAUCCCCACACUACGCCUGCCCAGAGGUCAUCAGAGGGGAGAAGUAUGACGGGAGGAAAGCAGAUGCGUGGAGCUGUGGAGUCAUCCUGUUUGCACUUUUAGUGGGCGCCCUGCCGUUUGAUGACGACAACUUGAGGAAUCUUUUGGAGAAGGUGAAGCUGGGCGUUUUCCACAUGCCUCACUUCAUUCCUCCAGACUGUCAGAACCUACUGCGUGGCAUGAUUGAAGUGGACGCCAGUAAGAGGCUCACGUUAGAGCAGAUCCAGAAGCACACGUGGUACCUAGCCGGAAAAAACGAGCCCGAACCUGAGCAGCCAGUCCCGAGGAAGGUAGCCAUCAGGAUGCUGGCUUCAGUCGAGGAGAUUGACCCUGACGUCCUGGAGAGCAUGCACUCUCUGGGCUGCUUCAGAGACAAGGACAAACUGACCAAAGACCUGCUGACCGAGGAUGACAACCAGGAGAAGAUGAUCUACUUCCUUCUGCUGGAUCGUAAGGAGAGAUAUCCCAGCCAUGAGGACCAGAACCUGCCUCCACGAAGUGAGAUCGCAGACCCUCCCAGGAAGCGUGUGGACUCUCCCAUGCUGAGUCGUCAUGGCAAACGGAGACCAGAGAGGAAGUCCAUGGAGGUGCUGAGCGUCACAGAGGGAGGGUCUCCUGUACCGGUACGGCGGGCCAUCGACAUGGCAACCCACGGACAGAGCAAAUCUGUUUUCAGUAAAAGCUUGGAUAUCACAAACGCUAACUGCAGCAAGGAAGAAAGAUCGCGAUCGAUCAGCGGAGCAUCCUCAGGUCUGUCCACCAGUCCUCUCAGCAGUCCCAGGCCCACUCGCCGAUUUUUCAUCCCCCCACAGUCCCCAGACUUGUGUCAGUCCCCUAACUGUAGCCCCACCCACUCCUCUGAAGUCCGCCUCAACGGGGUGGGGCCUCGUAUUCCCAAUUCAUACCAUCCUAAGAUGGGGUCUCCCCUCAUGCACCCACGCACACAGACUCUUCCUGCCAAGCCCAAAGUAUUGGAGAAGCCCUUGCAGACCACCAGGUCUAACCCACUUCCCAACUCAGCCCAGAUCCCCACAACCCCCAAAUCUGAGCCCUCCACGCCCUGCCAGCCUCUGGCUCCCUGUAUCCCCAACAGUCCACGGGUGAGACGCCACCCUCCCCUGACCGUGCCCCCCAAACUCUCUAUCCCUCUCUCCCCUGUCCCACCUAUGUCACCCCUCCGCCGCCACCACCUCCACCCUGACCACAACGGCAAAUCUGUCCCAAUCACGCAGGUGACCCCUCACCCCUCCCCAAGAGGGAGCCCUCUCCCCACCCCCAAAGGCACCCCGGUGCACACGCCCAAGGACAGCCCAACCGGCACACCCAGCCCGACGCCCCCGCCAAGCCCAUCCAUCGGAGGCAUGCCCUGGAGGACACGCCUCAACUCCAUCAAGAACAGCUUCCUGGGCUCACCUCGGUUUCACCGCAGGAAAAUGCAAGUUCCCACCCAGGAGGACAUGUCCAGUCUCACCCCAGACUCUUCUCCAGAAUUGGCUAAGAAGUCCUGGUUUGGCAACUUCAUCAAUCUGGAGAAAGAGGAGCAGAUCUUCAUAGUGAUCAGAGACAAACCUCUCAGCUCCAUAAAGGCUGACAUAGUCCACGCCUUCCUCUCUAUCCCCAGUCUGAGCCACAGUGUCAUCUCCCAGACCAGUUUCCGUGCAGAGUACAAGUCCACAGCUGGUCCGACCGUUUUCCAGAAACCUGUAAAGUUUCAGGUGGACAUCACCUACACUGAGAGCUCUGGCGCCACCAAGGAGAACGGCAUCUACUCCGUUACUUUCACCCUGCUCUCAGGUCCCAGCCGACGUUUCAAGCGCGUGGUCGAGACCAUCCAGGCUCAGCUGCUCAGCUCUAAUGACCAGCCCGGCGUCCAGCCCCAGAUCUCUGAUGGCUCUCAGCACCCAGCGUCUUUGUCCAGUAAAUCCUCCAAGCGUGGCAGCCCGUUGAGUAACUUCUUUGACGUAAUUAAACAGCUUUUUUCAGACGAGAAGAACAUCCAAGUGUCCCACCCCCCUGGCACCCCCGCCACGUCUAGCUCCCCUGCCAAGCAUGCCCCCAGCAGCAAGCCCACCCAGGCCCCGCCCACUGACUCUAAAUGUCCCUCCAGCAAAGACAAAACAAAGAUGGCUGCCAGCAACAGGACACAGGAACAACCUUAAGGAGUGGUAGCUGUGCAUGAGUAGACGACAAGCAGUUAUCAGGUCAUUAACCAGAGAGCGACAGAGAGCUGCUGACUCAGCCCUUUAGAUAAGAAUGAAAAGAAAAGAAAACAAAUCUACUUUUUGCCUAUUAAAUUUUGUACUGUAUAACAGGAAUGGAUCUUUCAGUUUAAAAGUUGAUCAGUAUUUUACAAUAAGUAGCAGAUGUAGCUUUGUUGUCCCUACCCUCUGUCCCUACUCUCGUGUCCCCGGGGGUCUUUGAGUGGGUGUGUGUCCUCGUCACAUGUGUGAUGGCUUGACUUGUCUCCCACCAGGGAUCAUCCGUAAUAAUUAUUAACCUUGGUGGCUCUUCGAGGCUGGCCGACAGUGGCCCGCUCACGGCCUGCCACCACCAAGAGAGUCCGCAUCGAAAGAAAAGACAGCAGACCGCCAUCCUCCCUCCCCGCAUCCCCCAUUUGUGUCCUUUCUCCAGCCGCAUCAGUAGAGUCCACUUCACCCCACCAGACCAAACACAGAGACAUCUCAAAAGAGUUGUAAAAGGAAAAAAAAAAAGAAGCCUUAAGACAGUGAUGUUUGUCAAUCUACGUACACAUCCCCCUUUUCUCUUUCUCCCCCAUGUACAUAAAACACUGACACUGUAUGUACUCCUCGACACAAACACGACUUCUUUGCGGGAUGUAAUGUCUUGCACGCGGAGACAAAACGGGAUCAGGAAGCAGUGGAAUAAAAGUGGAGAUGAGACGGAGGAACGCCGGCUGGAUUGUACUUCUUUUGAUCCGUGUCUUUCUGUGGGAACGGCUUUUCUUUUCUUUUCUUUCUUUUUUUUGUAAGCUCACACAGGUGUUUCUGGAAAAA